UUGUGAGCCUGCCCCUUUUCCUCCGCCUCCGUCUUUCCCCCGUCUCCGCCCCCAGUUGCCCUCACCCUUUUUCUUUCCCUCUUCACCGUCUCCGCCCCCGAGUUGCCCUCACCCUUUUUCUUUCUCUCUUCCCCCGUCUCCGCCCCCGAGUUGCCCUCGCCCUUUUUCUUUCUCUCUUUCUCCUCCGUCUCUCCUCCUUCUCUCUUUUGAGUCUCCUCUUCGUAACCACUGCUUUACCCGUUUCUCCCCUGCUCUCUCUGUUGCACUCAACACCCAUGUCAUUGCUGCUGCAAGGUGCAAGGAGCUCCAUUGCCAUUAGUAGCUUUUUUCCAGCUGGUGACUUCCACAUUGGAGGACUCUAUGUAGAAGUAGCGGUUCUUGUCUGUCAUCCCUUCCACCACCAUCGGCACCCUUUUGUUGCAAACCAGCUUGACGGUUGCUCCUCUAAAACGGAGAGAAAGGGAAACAGAAAAGAAAGCAUAAGACAGAGAAUGCGUUCAUUUUUUGAGGCCAAUUUGCUCUUCCUAGAGUCGCCACUUGGGGUGGGAUUCUCUUACACAAACACCUCUUCUGAGGUUCCCAAGCUUGGCGACAGGAUCACAGACAAGGUUGGGUGAACUCUGUACCCAUGUUUUAAAGAUCCCUUUUCAUGAACAACUGUGGGCUUCUUGAUACAGUUGCCUUCAUACAGUGCUAAUAGCUAGCUGUAUUGAAGACAACCAAGGUCCACAGUCUGCAAAGCAGUAAACCUGGUGAUGGGCCAGUACUUGUUGUCUACAAAAAACCAACGAGUGACAAAAGGCUUUGUCUGCUUCAAUCAUGGAUGGGAUAAAUGGGAAGGAAAUGUUGCCUGCACCAUGUUGGUAACAUGGUUAGUGCAAAGAAGUGGCAUGAAUAAAAAGCUAAGGCUUCUAACUCUGAGAAGUCUUGGCCUUUUGAGUGAAGUCAAGUGGAGUGGGGCACUGGCCCUAUUAGCUUGUAACCUGAAAUUGCUUCCCAAAUUGAGAACUGCUAGCUCACAUACCCGCUUGAUCUGAAGUUCAUGGAUGGGUGAGUGGUCCUACAAAUGGUUCACAAAUAUCAGUCAGCCAGCAUUUUACUGGAUCUAUGGAGACAUGGGCCUGGAUCCAAAUGUUAGGCGACCCCUUCACAAGGACCAAAUUCUUUGACAUGGCCUUUGGGUCUCCAAAACUUCAGAACAGAAUCUCCAUGGCGGCUUGAUUAAGCAUGAUUAGUGAAAUAAAACUUGCCAAACAGAUGUACAUAGAAUGUGAAUUCAUUGUAAAAGAGAACCUAUUUUACCCGCAGCCUGAUCACAGUUGAGCCAUGUGCUUGCAGAUCCUGUCAACUUCAUAAUAGGGCCACUUUAGCGUCUUGAUACUGUACAUAAACGUGCAUUAUUGGAUUUUCUGGCUUGUU